GCAGAUGUAUUAUGAAUUUGGCAUAUUCAGCACAAUUUAUGGGGGGAAAGAGAUGCCAAAUUGGAUUAGUUGUAGAAGCAAGGGGCCAUCAGUAUCAUUUACCAUCCCAUCAUCUCCAAACAGCCUUAGAGGAUUGAACUUCUGCUAUGUCUACACGUUUCCAUUUCCAUAUGAUCAGUUCAUACUCUUGCCAAUGAUCACAAUUAGCAAUAUAACGAAGAACUGCACCUGGAUAUACAAUCAUUAUGUUUACAGAGUCAAUGUAGGUGAAGAAUGUGUAAUAUUGUUAAGCCAUUGGAUGUUUGGGAUGAAUGAAAUGGAAGGUGGAGAUCAGGUUACUAUUACUACUGUAACAGAAGACGUAGAACAACUUACAGAGGAGUGUGGGGUGAGUUUUGUGUUUGAUGAUGGAAAGAUGGAUGAAGAAGAGGAUGUGUUGGGUUAUUACAAGUCGUGGAAUCACAUCAUUGGUGGAGAUCUCUCUGCUUUUCAAGCAACAACAGGAGAAUACUACCUGAGCAGCAGGCGACAUCUAUGGCAUGGCACUGGGGUGGUUCCAUUUUAUCGUGAUGUCAUCCAAAAAGACAGCCCCAUAUAUAAAGAAAAGAAAGGUUGCUUUAGAGCUUUAUCGCCAAGAUAGUUCAACAUAUUUGGUCACACACACAUGUGAGGGUAUGUGAAAUCUUCAGGGUGUCGUCCUUCACAUGAAAAUGUUUGAGAAAUAAACGCUAAACAUGGCCGCUUGAAUUGAAAAUAAAUGCAUUGUGUAAUAUGGGUAACCUGAAACUCAAUCAUGUCCAACUGAUCAAUAAGUUCUAUAAUAAUUUUGCAAAAGAAUUUGAAUGGUUGCUUA